AUGGAGCUUUACCAGCCACAGCGCUGGGAGCAGCCCAGCGGGAUCGUGGCUCGAGUGGAAGAGCAAAAUCGUGAGCCCAUGGGGCAUGAGGGUCGGUGGUCCCGCUUCUUCGCCGCUAUAGGCGAAGCAGUGGACGACAUGAACACCCUGGACGUCAAGGACGACACAUCUUCCUCAUCACUAGACAGGCCGUCUGGAGAUAAUCAUCCCUUCGUCCGAUUCUGGAACUCUCUGGCGGUGGCGCUAGAUGAGAUGGCAGUGGCCUCGCCUGAUGAUGAGCUUGCGCCGGGGUCGUUGGAGGAGGAGUUGAGGGGAAUGGAGUUCAGAGAUACUUUGGUCGAAAAGGUGGAGGAGGGUAGGCAGUGUGAUAGGUGUUCGGUUGGGGAUGUGAGGGCUUUUCAUCAUGGGUGCGAGGCAGUGAAGGCUGGAUCGAUUGUACCUGCCGACACUGCUGAACAUGAGCUUGCGAGGCCCGAGUCGCCUUUGGAGCCUGCUGUACAAAGUGAGAGGGAUUCGCGUGGGAAGCAAUUCGAGCAAGAUGGGCUGAAUCGCAACGUCGUGGUGCUCGAGCGGAACCAGGAGAAGCACGAUGAGGAGGAGGCUGAGCUGAGCUAG